GGUUUGUGUGUGUGGGGCGCGGUCACCGCUCCUCGCCGGCGGGCAGGGCGGGGGAGCGGCAGCCGGCCCGGAAGUGACGGCGGAGCGGCUGGCGGUGACGCAGUUUUCCCGCGGUUUGGGCGGCGGGCAGGGGAGCGGCCGCCGGGGGUCCGUCGUUACUGCCGCCUGAACGGCGGGGCCCAACGGUCCGCCCGCGCGCGGGCCGCCAUGCCGCCCAAGCCCCCCCGCAGGGCGAGCGCCGCCAGGAGCCAGCGCGCCAGCCCCGACAGCGGCUCCGCGCCGCCCGCCGCCCCCCGGCUGGAAGUUGGCGAAGCGGAGUUUGUUGCGCUCUGUGAUGCGCUGAAAGUGUCGGAGAGUGUGAGGGAGAAAGCGUGGAAGACCUACGAGAGCUUAUCGGCUGUGGAUGGAGCUCUGGCUUAUAACAAAAAGAAAAAGGAAACAUGGGGAGUCUGUAUCUUCAUUGUAGCAAUUGAUCUGGAUGAAAUGACAUUCACUUUCACAGAGCUUCUGAAAAGUAUUAGCAUAAGUGUAUGCACAUUUUUUCAGUUUCUGAAUGAGGUGGAUGUUAACAUGGACACUGUAAGCACUAAAGUUGAUAGCACUGUAUCAAGACUGAAAAAGAAAUAUGAUGUAUUGCUUGCACUAUAUCACAAGUUUGAAAGGACUUGUGGCCUUAUUUAUCUGGAACAACCUAGUAGUGAGAUUUCUGCUGAACUCAGUUCUGUAUUAGUCCUGAAAAAUUACUGGAUUACUUUUUUGCUGGCAAAAGGUAAAGUGUUGCAAGUGGAAGAUGACCUGGUGAUUUCUUUCCAGUUGUUGCUGUGUGUCUUAGAUUAUUUUAUCAAGCUGUCACCUCCUGCUCUGCUCAAGGAACCAUACAAGUCUGCUGUGUCUGCAGUGACUGUUAAUGGUUCAGCUCGAACUCCAAGAAGAGGUCAGAACAGGAGUACACAUACUUCAAAGCAAGUUGAUACUGAUACAAAAGUUAUUGAAGUCCUUUGUAAAGAGCAUGAUUGUAAUUUAGAUGAGGUCAAAAAUGUGUAUUUCACAAGCUUUAUUCCUUUCUUGAAUUCUAGUGGUAUUGUAGCUUCAAAUGGACUACCAGAGGUUGAGGUUCUCGUGAAACAGUAUGAUGAGCUCUAUCUCAAAAACAAAGAUAUAGAUGCAAGAUUAUUUCUGGAUCAUGAUGAAACUCUGCAGCCUGAUGUCAUAACACGCUCACAGUUGGAGAGGACGCCACUGAACAACAAUCCAGAUGAGGAACUUAACCUUAUACUUCCACAGACUCCAGUUCGAGCUGCAAUGAAUAACAUACAACAAUUGAUUAUGAUUUUAAACUCCGCAGCUGAUAAACCAUCAGAUAUUCUCAACAGGUAUUUCAAUAAUUGCACAGUGAACCCUAAGGACAGUAUCCUGAAAAGAGUGGAAAGCCUGGAGCACAUCUUCAAAAAGAAAUUCGCGGAAGCAGUUGGACAGGGCUGUGCUGAAAUUGGUUUACAGAGAUAUAAGCUUGGAGUUCGUCUGUAUUACAGAGUAAUGGAAUCUAUGCUAAAGUCGGAGGAAGAGCGCCUCUCAGUGCAGAAUUUCAGCAAACUUCUGAAUGAUAACAUCUUCCACACAUCUCUUCUGGCGUGUUCUAUUGAGGUCGUCAUGGCUACAUAUGGCAGAAAUGCUUCACAAAGUGAUGGUACCAGUGCUGAAACAGAUGUGUCUUUUCCAUGGAUUCUCAAUGUAUUUGAUUUAAAAGCUUUUGACUUCUACAAGGUGAUUGAAAGCUUUAUUAAAGCAGAGCCAAACCUAACAAGGGAAAUGAUAAAGCAUCUAGAACGCUGUGAACAUCGAAUUAUGGAGUCUCUUGCGUGGCAGUCUGGGUCGCCUGUGUUCGAUCUUAUCAAGCAGUCAAAAGAACGAGAAGGCCAAGCUGAUCAGCCUGAGCCCACUGCCGCUCUCAACCUGCCUCUCCAACAUAAUCACACUGCAGCAGACCUCUAUCUUUCUCCUGUGAGAUCUCCUAAGAAGAAAGCAUCUGGACCUCCUCCAAGUGCUACUUCUGCUCCAGAUGCUCAGCCAGGUGUGAGCCCCCAAACACAGAGGCCGCAAAAAUCUACCUCCCUCUCUCUGUUCUACAAAAAAGUUUAUCUACUGGCCUAUCUUCGACUACACACCCUGUUCUUUCGGCUUCUCUCUGACCAUCCUGACCUGGAACUCUUGAUCUGGACCCUCUUCCAGCACACACUGCAAAAUGAGUAUGAACUUAUGAGAGACAGACACUUGGACCAGAUCAUGAUGUGUUGCAUGUAUGGCAUAUGCAAAGUAAAGAAUGUAGAUCUCAGAUUUAAAACAAUAGUUUCAGCGUACAAGGAGCUUCCCAACACAAACCAAGAGACUUUCAAACGUGUUCUUAUCAGGGAAGGACAGUAUGACUCCAUUAUAGUCUUCUACAACUUAGAGUUUAUGCAGAAGUUGAAGACAAACAUUCUGCAGUAUGCAUCCAAUAGGCCUCCCACUCUGUCACCUAUUCCACACAUUCCUCGCAGCCCGUACCAGUUUUCCAACUCUCCUCGCCGUGUCCCUGCUGGCAACAACAUCUACAUCUCACCCUUGAAGAGCCCCUACAAAUUCUCCGAUGGGUUUCAGUCACCCACAAAGAUGACUCCAAGGUCCAGAAUUUUGGUGUCAAUCGGUGAAUCAUUUGGGGCUUCUGAAAAGUUUCAAAAAAUAAACCAGAUGGUGUGCAACAGUGACGGUCCACUAAAACGCAGCGCCGAAGUGAGCGCUGCUCCCAAGCCGCUGAAGAGGCUGCGCUUCGAUAUAGAAGGGCAAGACGAAGCAGACGGAAGCAAACACCUACCCCAGGAGUCCAAGUUCCAGCAAAAACUUGCAGAAAUGACAUCUACUCGAACAAGAAUGCAAAAGCAGAAGCUGAAUGAUGGAAAUGAUACCUCAGCCAGUGAAGAAAAGUGAGAAUCUUCUCAGGACCAGGGGCUGCGCUGCAGGCCCCCUUAGGUAGUUUCUGUUCUACAGCCUUCAUUAGUUGAGUUGCUUUUUUAGUUGCUUUUUAUUCCAAGCUGCUAGUUGAAAGCAUUUGGACUUUUAAGAUUUUUAAAUGUUUUUCAUGUAACUUUGCCUUAUGGUGUAGCUUGUAUACAAUGUAAGCCACUGAAUUUAAUUUAUAUAUUUUUUUGAGGAUUUUAAAAACAGACUUGGAAGGUGUUUUAGUUUCCUCUUGCAACAUUACUGAUUUAAGCCAAUUCGGUCUACUUGGAUUGAAGUUUUCUGUCUGAAGACAAAAUGUUAGCUAGAAUGAUUUGAAAUGCACUAAUUUUGUUUCUUAGGUUUCAUUUUUAGAUUUUUGUUACUUGUGAAUUGUGAAAACGAGGGGCCAGAUACUGCAGAGAUUUCUCUCUAUGUAUAUAAUUAGCGCAUCAAAUUCCCAUUAACUGCACAGCGGUCACAGACCCCGCAGCAUCAGGGCCUCCCGUGAGAAGUACAACCUGAAUUGGAGGUGAACUCGUUAUGUAGCUGUACUACUGAAACCAGUACUUUGCGUCUUGUAGUUUUCCUUCCCCUGCACCCUCCCUGAUGUAAUUUCCGAGGGCAGUUACUGUCCAUCAGUGUGAGUUCCAUGGAAAAUGAAUCUCAGAUGGGUUUCUCCCAGAAUCCCACAAAGAAUCUUCGUGGAAGCUGAAGCUUCUUCCCAUAGGCAGAGUACUUGAUGUGCACUUUCUUUUCGUGGAAAAUACCGAUUAUUUAAAACAAAAACAAACACAGAAAAACCCACAAAACCAAACAAAAAAACCACACAUGAAUUAAAAAGAACCCCAGACCUAAGCCUCACCUGGUACGCAUAAGAUUUCCAAAUUCUAAUGAUGUAGAAUGUUCUUGAUGUCUUCAAAUUUUCAACUAACUGUGGCCAAGCCACAGAGCUUGACAAAUAGGUACCAAACAUCUUCCCUGGAGCAGAAAGCUGCGCGUCUGCACUCGGGUUCUGGGGCCAAACUGGACGAGCCCAUGUUGGGAAGAUCAGUCUGUCUUGUUUUACUGAAAGGGCAGAGUUUAACAGGCAACGUGUGAACUCUUGCAACCAGCAAUAAAAUAAAAAAGGAAUUAAAUAUUAUAAAAAACCAAACCCAAAUCAACCCCAAGAGUUUUUUCAUCUUAUGUGUUUGUAAGUUACUGAUUGAGCUACUGGAAUUUUUCUUGCAAUGGCAAAGCGUUUUCAAAACAGCCAGUUAAGGAAAGCACAUGUUUUACGUCCAGUGGAUUGAAGUAGAAAUAAAUAAUUGAAGGCUUGCUUUAAAAGUACCCAUUUUUAUGCAAUUUAGCUUUUGCAGCUACUUAAAUUAAGACAGUGAUAAGUAGACAAGCCUGCUAUCCAUUACAGAAAAGUUUAAACCAAUGUCUUCUCUGGGUAGCUUUUUUAGAGAUCAUUUAGGUGAUCCUGGAAUACUCACAGUAGCACAUUUUACCCAUCAGUUCUUGUGUUGAGCAGAAGCUAAUCCUAGCGCUACUAAAAAUUCUAUGAGCAGCACACUUCUCAAUGUAUUUUAAAAUAAAACGGAGUUAUUUUUUUAGUCUCAAUGUGGCUUCAGCUUUCUUCCUGAAAAAUGUACAGAAGUAUUAAGAGUACCUGGCGUUUAUUUUCUCACUUUUUGCAGUUCUACAGACAGAAUGUAUGUUAAUGUUGGGGUACACCGGCUGUAAGCACUGUCACAGCAGUUGAGGUUCUUCCGCGAUCCUUUGGCCAGAGGGUGGUAUUACAGAGUCCAGUACCUGAACAGAUGUAUUAUUUCUUUACUGUGACAACGUAUUUUUUUUGUUCAAACAGACUGAAGGCUUUUACAUCAAAUGUAUGAUAAUAUUUUAUACAACUAAUCAGUUUCUCUCCUUUCAAGGCAAAUAAAAUAGCUUUUAAAAGA